GCACGUGAGAGAGUCCAGUGGUCCGAUCGGCAUUUACGCAUGUGCGGGAAUAUGCGACUCCCCGGGUUUCACUAAUUUCCAAUACAUAGGUACUUAUCACCUAAAGCACGGGGGUUUUCUCUUCUACACCGACGGCGACUCAAAUGCUUACGAAAUCCGUUCCCGCCUACCGUGACCCGUCUACUAUGUCAGCUUCAUCCGGUCUGGAUAAUUGUCAUACUAGUUGUCAUAUUCAAUCUACCUACGGUAUUCAUUACAUCCCCCUUUAUUCUAGCAAUAAUACCUUUUAUAUUCAGAAGCGCUGAUGUAAUUUGUACCCCUUUACGAAUAUUUACGGCAUCUAGUCUAAUCCUUAUACCAACUUUAUACUUACCUCCUACCUUACACCCCCUUAUAUUUAUCUUACCUAACCUGACUAUUGACUACAAUUAAUUGACUACAAUUAACCCCCCUAACCACGCUAUGGAGCAGUCGAGCAUACCGCAAGCGCGGCCUCAACCUAAGCCUAACAAGAUAAAUUAUGCCUGCGAGGCUUGUCGAAUGUCUAAGAUUAAAUGCCAGCCCGGAACACAACCGGGCAUCUGUAAGCGAUGCUCCGAGUUCAAACGGGAAUGCGUCUUUCGAACCGGUCCACGGACUCGGCGGCCUAAGGUUGCUCGGCCAGAUGCAGAGGCCCGGCCGCCUCCCCCCGGCCCCAGUCGGACCUUCAGCAUCGACUUCGCUAUGCCUGCUGACGAUGAUCUUCAUGAUAACUUCGAUGCUCUAAGAGAAAAGCACGAACGCUUCAUAGAUGCCCUCAUACCGUCCAGUGAUGAUGAAUCAAAUGGUGACCAGGCGCAACUAUCAUUGGCGGGGGAAACGUUCAACUUCAACGAUCUCUCUAUGCCGACCCCUUCAGGAGCAGCAGCAAGAUGCGCUUCGGCUUCGCGGCCUAUAAGUAGCCUCGGUAUCAAGCCACGCUUCAACCUCGAGUCGGCGGAAAAGUUGCUCGAGUCAUUCCGGGCUAUGCUAUCGUCCUCUCCGUGUAUUGCGUUGCCCGAAGACGCGGACGUGCGGACCUUGGCUCGCGACAUGCCCUUCGUGCUCUUGUCUUUGCUCGCCGUGACGAGUUGCUCUACGAGCUUGCAAGGUCAUAGCCUCUAUGAUGAGGAGUUUCGUAAGAUUUUGGCUUUAAAAUUUGUUGCUGGCGGUGAGAGGUCUAUUGAGUUGCUGCAAGGAAUAAUGAUUUACUGUUCCUGGUACCCCUUUCAUCUACGCCCGAAAAAUACGCAGUUGCGACAGUAUCUACGAAUGGCCAUAGAUAUUGUACAUGACUUGGGAUUGGAUGAGGAAACACGCAUAGAUCUCGAGGCCAUGCCGCCUGAAAGCAAGGCAGCCAAGUUACAAAGCAUCCGGGCGUAUCUUUCUUGCUUUCAUCACAGUUCAAUAUAUGCGUGGGCGUGGUCUAAGCCGUAUACACUAAGGUACACGCCGUGGAUGGCCCAAUGUUGUGAUAUGCUGGAGCAAUAUAGCGACCUUGAGCAGGAUCAUAUCCUUGUCUGGCUCGUCCGUCUACAGUAUUUGAUAAAUGAGUUCGAAGAGCUAUAUAAGAGAUAUAAGAAGCGCGAUGCCAGCAACCAGAGCGAUCACCACAGGCAACUUAUUCGGGUUGGUCUUGAGAUGCAGCUGCGAGAUUUCCAGACUAGAAUCCCUAUCCACCUUUCAACUAAGCCGAGUAUUUUGAUGGCCUCCCUCGCCGGCGAUGCGUUCCUCCUAGCCGCACCUCUCAUGCAGACACAUCGCCCACGUCCAGAAGAUGCAACGGCACUCAUGAUCGACCCCGCCAAACUUCAAUCUGCCGCGUAUACAGCACGGACAUUCCUGGACUACGUCGCGAACCUAUCCCCAACGCAGAUGAGCUACUUUAGCGGGGCUGACAUCACAUAUUUCAUUUCGACGAUUAUCCUCGCCUAUAGACUUUCGUUCCCCAUGUCGUUCUGCCCUGGUUAUGAUUACACCCAGGGCCGGAAAAUCUUGGACUUCGGCACGUAUCUCACCAAGUUGUCGAGCGAUACCGACGACGACGAUGCUGGGAGUAGCAGUACUGGAAGGGCAAGCAAGAAAACAGAUGUGGUAAGUGCCAUGAAAGUCGUACUGGGAUCCGUAAAGGCGAGUUUCGACAAGAAGUCCGCCGUGCUAGAAGCCGCUGCCGAGGAGCAUAAUAAGAGGGCGCGGCUAUGCCCCAUGUUCGACGGAAGCCUAGAGCAGUACCUUCCACAGUGGGAAGGGGAAGAUCAACAGGGAAGCAGCAGCAACAACACCUCGGAUUCAUCGUACGCACCCUCUUCGCACAGCGGAACCGGGACCGGGAGCUCGGCGGCUCAUGCCGCAGCACCGUCGACGGCGGGCGAAGAAGAAGGGGUAGGGUCGCCGGGGUCGGCGAAACCAAUGCUGUUCCAUGACCUCUGGACCACGAUGACGAUGGGCUGGGCUGCGGAUUUAGAUAUGAACUUGCAGCAAGUGGUAGAUGUGCCGGAGAUAAAUGGUGUCGAGUACGUCGAUCUUAUGGGUGUAAGGGAGCCGUUUCAUGACUUAUGAUUAGGGGCGGGAUGGUUAGUUUACGCCUAGAACUAUGUACAGAGUUAGGUAGCUAGGCUCAGACGGGGGGUUCACUACCUAGGUAGCUAACCGAAGAUCACGAUCUAGUUUGCUCUGCCUAAGACGUAACGUCGCAUUUGUCGUUAUCUUUCGGGCGUGUGGGAUGUUAAAGCAUUUAUUCUAGUUUAUUUCAUGUCUUGUAUGAGUACCUACCUGGUAGGUAGGCACGCGUUUUGCGCGAUGGAGGUUAGCAAACAUAGGAGGUAGGUUAGGUAUGCAAUGGCAUCCCUUUAUUACCUAGUCUAUCACAUGCUUCGACCUUUUAAGACUUGUACUAUUACUGAGUAUAGGUAGCUUAACAACGAUACUAGAAGAGG